AUGACACAACAAGCGCCUGACGUGAUCCAGCCCUUUCACGAGUCGCUCAUGCUCAUGAAGGCUCCGGACAGUGGAAGUGAGCGUGUGAGAGAGAACCACGGGAGAUUUACCCUGUGCGAUGCGCAGAUCUCCCUUGCUCAGCUACUACACUCACAGCAACGCAAGCCGGGCCGUGCGGAGAAAGUAACCGGAGCCGUGACGAGUGACGACAAGGGACCCACGCCUGACAAUGUGGUCGCCGGUUGCCGACCAAGCCUGCUGCAGGACCGGAGGCUAGGCUGGCAGAUUAAACAUUUCUGCACAGGCCCUGGGAGGCUAGCUGAGGGCAAUGUCGGUCCCUUUCCUCCAGCCUCAUGCCAACAUACAACGCCUUUCAUGAUGAGCCUUGAACGCGGUCAGAAGCACCUACUUCUUCUUAUAUCUUCCAGCAAAGACAGGAGGAAGUGUAAGUGUGCGCGUGUGUGUGUGGAACAAGAGGCAGCGCAGGAAGGAGGUGGCCAGGAUGGCGCUGAGUCCUUUGAUACCCAAAAGGGGAAUGGCCGGAGGCUUCCUGUUCACUGCACCUCCACCCACCCUCGUUGCAUCGCGGUUUUCUUCACUCUCGACCCUUAUUUAGAGAGCUGUGUUCUGGUCUAUUGGGGCCAGUCUCUGGUAUACGUACAUCGACAGGGUAAUUCUCACUCCAAGAUCCCUUGA